GACUAAGGCCAUUGUUCAACAGCGCAAAUCUACCACUGGGCGGAUACAAAGGAACUAAGAUGGCGUGGUUGACGUCCACUGAAAGUGCAAAAAGAGAGGAGGACGGAAGGACAUUAGCCAAAGUUGGUGUUUCGUUACGCUUCCCACAGCUUCAUUAGCAGUCGUUACUCAACAAAACAACAGGGCUCAGCUAGUAGGUAGGAUUCGUCCCCGCAGAGCCUCUAGGCUACUCCAGAAGCCGUGCGAAAAUGACCUGAGAAGGAAUCCGAAACGUGCUUGGUUUUACGACAGUUGCUUGGACCGCUGCUGCGGCUGUUUGCAGCGAACUUGGCUUGACUGAGUUGGAUGGUUGUGGCUCACAAGAUGUUGGCUAGCAGGAGGUGCAGCGUAGAGCAGUUGCUGACAUUGUUGCUACUUCGAGGUGUCCUGUUGGCAAACUGGAGAUCAUUGCAAUGCCAGGCAGCUGCACUAAGCAGUCAUGGAUUUCCGACCAAGCUGAAAACUUCGUCGACUACUUCCCCAGUGCUAUCAGUACCCGUUCCACUUGUAACACCUCCACAAGCAGCAGCAGAAGAAACAGCAACACCAUUGCCUCCACCACCACAAGUUCCACCACAACCACCGGAAACGUACAAAUCUGCUUCACAAUCGCAGCUUAUAUAUGAGCAACACCCAAGAUACCUGCCAUUCUACAUACCAAAGCUAAAGGAUGGACUAAGUGAUCCGUCUACUACUGCAACUCCCCCGGUGAUAUCAGUACCCGUGCCCGUGCCACUUGUAACACCUCCACAAGCAGCAGCAGAAACAGAGGUGAAACCAGUGCCACCCGUGGCUGUUUCAGCAGUAGCAACACCACCACAACCUCUCCUGGCUGUUUCAGCAGUAGCAACACCACCAGAACCUCUCGUGGCUGUUUCAGCAGUAGCAACACCACCAGUUCCUAUCAUGGCUGUUUCAGCAGUAGCAACGCCACCAGAACCUCUCUUGGCUGCUUCAGCAGUAGCAACACGACCAGAACCUCUCUUGGCUGUUUCAGCAGAAGCAACACUACCAGUACCACUACCACAAACUCCAGAGCCACCGCCAACAACAUAUCCACCGCCUCAAAUACUUGUAAAUGAGCAAAAUGUGCGGCACAAUGUUUUCGAUUCCACGGCGGAAGUAUACGAACGAACGUCUCGUCCCACCGACACGGUGAGCCAUCCACGUCCAACUCUACCACCUCGGCAGACUGCUAGUCAUUAUGUUGAGGGUCUGCAUGUAAUAAAUGAGAACUUCAAUUCACAGAUCCAUGAUGAGCGAACCAGUCAAAAUGCCCCAACGCUGCCACCUAGGAAUGAACCCGACAAAGGUGCUGGUGUUGUAAGGGCUGUGGUGCCACAGACGUUUCACUUUGUUCCUGAAGUUCUUCGUGUGCAUACCGUAACCAGUCAAAAUGCCCCAACGCUGCCACCUAGGAAUGAACCCGACAAAGGUGCUGGUGUUGUAAGGGCUGUGGUGCCACAGACGUUUCACUUUGUUCCUGAAGUUCUUCGUGUGCAUACCGUUGCGCCACUGACGUUUCACAUUGAUCCUGAAGUUUUUACCGUACCGCCGAGGGAGAUCCACACAAUGGUCCCUUUUCAGCAACAUGAUUCCCACCAGGCAGAAGUGUUUACAGCGGGGCCAGAUGUAUUUGUCUUCGACCAUGAUCCAGAGCGAACCACACCACCUAAUCCGACCACCAGUCGCCCGAAUCCCACUGAGCCUGUGCCUCCCAUACCUGUAGGCCUACCUGGUCCCACGACUCCUGGAAUCCACUUCAAAGAAACACCAAAGACCAGUAGAGAUACAGGGUUCGGGCCAGAACUUGUUCCAAAGAAACCUGAUGUCUUUGAGCCACCUCGUUAUGAUACGCAACGGAUGGCAACGGAACUCACUGUCUACAGGGAAUUCACAUCGUUGGUAUUUUGCGGAGGUGGCAGUAUUCACUGUCUUCAGAACUGCUACUCAGUUGCUGCCCAGGUUGGAGAUAAAACUCGCUACGCAUGUGUCUCUGAUAACAAGCUGGCGGAACCCAGUCAAGACACAGUCGCAUUAAACCGUCCAGCUUGCAAGACUGACAGUGAGAGCAGUGUUCUCAGUACGGCUUACUUCGACAUUAAUGGAACGUACCUUCCAACAAGCCUAGGCAAGCCAGUGCCAGUGCGCGGUGGUCUUGUGAUGAUCCUGUUUGAAGUGUCCGCCGCAAGAGAUGCAUCACGCCAUCUGUCGGGAUAUAAGGAGAUUCUAAGAAGCCUUGAAGCUCACCUGAGCACACUUAACACAGGACUGCCGUCUUCAGGUCGAAAGAAUCGCUUUGGAUUCUUUUCAUUUGCAAAAGGAGCGGAUAAUCAGUCAGCUACAAUAGCUCAAACUCGAAUCACUGAGGAUUUUAAUGCGUUCACAACGGAAAGCAUCAACGAGCUAAGUUUGCAGCAAAGUGAUGCUAAUGGUAGCUUGGUGAUUGAGAUAGGUGCCGCGAUUAAUGUUGCUUUGGACACCCUUGAGCAACACUACUCCGGAUUUUCCUGUGAGCUGAUCAUUGCCACCUACUCAGAACAAGCACUCAAAGUGAACAGUGCCACGGACCAGGUUCUGGAUGGACAUCCAGUACUUCGGGCACUGUCAAAGUGCGGCGUGCAUGUGCUUGGGAAGGUACAGUUGAGAUCUGCUCGCCUGAACUUCGGUCGUUCCGUUGAAACACUGGGCAUAGCCGGCAUGGUGUCUGCCGAUAUCAGUCACAAUCAACGGCAGUUUGACUGGAUUGCAGAUGAGAAAGCUCGCAUCAAGGAUGCCGACUAUCCCGGGAAUGCAUUUGUUAAGAUGGCUGUAGCUGCUGGUGCUAGCGUGUGGAACAGCGACAGCAUGUUUGGCCAAUUCAAUUCGGAAGUGAGGAAGGACAGCCUGGCUGGUGUGGUAGCGUAUGACCUAACGAAGAGAAUGUCAAGACGUUAUUCCUGCACGCUGAACACCAGUAUGGUGUAUACGAAUGGCAGUGAUGAUGAGAUGUAUGAAUCACCACUGAACUAUCUACGCCGCAGGACAUUGGAAUAUCUGCCAUGUGGUGACAAUGACGAUGCUGUGGAGGAUUCGGGUGACUCUUACUGCUGCAAGUGUGCCAAUGGAUCACUCUCAUUGCCAACUCCGUUGAUUACGAUCAAUGACACGGCGGUGUUCCCAGGCCAGAGUCCACUACCACAGUAUACUGUGAGGUCCGUACUGCUGAUAUCAUGUCGCAGCGUAAUCCGAACAACGUCCCUGAACGGCGACACUCUCACCACCUCGGUCAACUGGAUCAAACGGCCGCCAGCAGCACGUACUGGGUCCGUGGUGAACAACCCAAGUCUGGCUCUCUUUCCAAGUGUAGCGCUCAGAAUAGCCAAUGCUGACGCAGGCAGGUACUGUGCCAGCUGUCGUGGAACAGACUUUGCUGGUUAUGUCGACACUGAACAAUGCUUCAAUGUCGUCGAAAAAGCUACUUGUGAAAACAGUGGUGAAUAUGAGCCGGUGACAUAUCCGCGCGCUGAUGUGGUAUUCGUCCUGGACUACAUCAGUAAUGAAACACUCUUCGAGCAACUAUUGACCAUGCCACUGCGGGUAGAUCGCGACUUGGCGAAAGCCGGCAUUGGCAAUUUCACAACUGGUGACACCCGCCAUUUUAACGGUUUCUUCCUUGUCAUCCGACACAGUAAGAUAGUGGAUAAACGCCUAGUACCAAUCAUCAACAAGCACCUGAAUACCAAAAUCCACUUUCUUGCUCCACCAGAGCUAUAUGAUCCAACACGUGAUGAAGAAGUGACCAAGCUAAAACAACAGCGUGCCAGCCAGGAUUUUGGUCGUCCCCGUGGCCCGGGCAGAAGACCCUCAGGUCGCCGUGGUGGUCGUUAUGGCAUGCGAGAUCCCCCCCGCCGUCGUCCCCGCAGUGACCCAAGCAAUGAUGAUGUUGCUGGAGUGCACUCAGCUUCUAUUAUAAGAUAUACUCUAAAGAAGCUGGAUUUCCGACCAAACUCUCUUCGCGUGAUGAUCUUUGCAAGUGAAUCUGUCGUCAUGCAAGUGGAUACGGCUCAGGCUAAGCGUUAUGAAAUGGCACGCUAUAAUGGUCUGAAGAGUGUGCUAUCACCUCAACACAUCCAAUUCAUCUCAAUUCUCAGAAGGAGCUUCUACACCGAUGAUGGCAUGCUAGGCUAUGGCAUGGACCGUGACAGGAGAAUUGCCCUACGUGAAGGGACUGGUCAACUUCCCCAGUAUAAUCCACAACCGGCUGCCCCUGACACUGUUGAACCAAGAAGCGUUCAAACUGAACUUCCCGUGGCAAAGUUACUCAGAGACCUUGCCUUAGAUCUGCAAGGUUCUUCAUGGGAUAUCGACCUCAUUCACGAGCCCAUCGCUGUGCAAAAGCUGACGUCGGCGUUAGUACAGGCACUGGCAUCUCAGUCUAAGCUGUGUGAAUCCUGCAACUGUUCAAACAAUGCUGCAGAUCAGUCACAGCUAGGAGCUGCAAAGUGCUCACUAUCCAGAGACCAGGUGAUCUGCCAGUGUGUCUAUCACCCAAAGCUGGCGGACCCAGUUUGUGACAAGAUGAAGUUUAAAUCAUCAGCAUCCACUCUCAGUACGGGGGCAAUAGUGGCCUGUGUACUGGCGGCCAAUAUUCUCAUUCUUUUCCUUUACAUCGCCAUUCGUGUCAUUUGGACGAAGCGCAAGAAUCAUGUGGAAGCGAUGCGUUUCUUACGUCAAACACAGUAUGACCCGUUCAACUUCCACCAUGCCUUGGAACACAUUGCAUUGAGCAUGCUCACUGUUGGCCAGCCUGUGGAGGUAUUGACUGAAAACAUGCUGACAAUCAAAGAGCGUCUGAGCGGCGGUCACUAUGGCGAUGUGUUCAGGGGUGUGCUGAGAGUUUUUGAUUUUGAAAGAGGACGGGAGGAGUACCAAGCAGUGGCAGUGAAGAGACUGAAGCCAGCAUGUAAGGACCCAGCCCAGCAAAGUGCCUUGUUGGAGGAAUAUCUGCUUCAGAAGAGUAUCGGCUAUCAUGCCAAUGUCGUGCAAAUGCUGGCGGGCGGAAUGUACAGAGGGUCUCCAUGUAUGGUGAUGGAAUUCAUGGACUGCGGUGAUCUCCAUUCUUUCCUUCUCAAGAUGAGAUCAAAACAGGGCCGCAAUGACGGUGGUGAUGACGGUUACAUCAGGUCCAAUGUUGUGGACUCUGAACUGUCAGCCAAACAGUUACUGCAGAUUUCUUCCCAAUCGGCCAUGGGCCUCGAGUUUUUGUCUUCGAAGAAGGUAAUACAUCGGGAUGUGGCAGCACGCAAUGUCCUUGUCAAGUCAUUUGCCGACGACGAAAUACCCGUCGUCAAAAUCUCUGAUCUUGGUCUUGCUCGGUACUUGUUAAAUGAAGACAUGUAUCGCGCCCGGUCAAACCUUCCACUUCCAGUCAGGUGGAUGGCAGUCGAGUCUCUGGGAGCUGGCAUCUUCUCCUCCCAAAGUGAUGUCUGGGCGUUUGGUGUUCUACUCUGGGAGAUUGUCACUCUCGGUGCUUGUCCCUAUCCCGGUAUACCCACUGAUGUUCUCUUGCCAUACAUCGCCAGUGGAAACAGAAUGCCCCAGCCAAAUCAUUGCCGCGAUGAAAUUUAUGCCAUCAUGUCUACAUGCUGGAGAGCCAAUCCACCAGACCGACCUUCCUUUGCUGAGUUGGUAUUCAAACUGGAAGGAAUGAUGGAGGAGAGUGCAGAGUAUCUGCAGAUAUGUGCACCUGAUGUUCGACCAGAUUAUGAGGUGACCAGCUGGGAAGGUGGCAAUGAGAUAGAUGGUACUCUAGAAGCACAGGGCGGAAAUGAACUCCUUCUGCGGAAUCAAGAGGACUACAGAUCGGACCGCCGAUCCAGCCGCUCUCCAUCACCAUUCUAUGAGCAUGCAGAUCAACAGCAACGGCACGAUCGCUCCGAUAGGGCCUUCAUGGAUUCUGUGAGGACAACACUCGUUCCAGGACCUCCCAUACGCCUUCUCUCCUCAUCAUCUGAUACCAAUGACAGAUACACAGAUUGCCCACGUGGAUUUCCGGGUCGCCAACGUCGCUCCAGCCUCACAACUCCAAGGAUCACCGUGGAGGCUACAACGAUGGUGUGAGGGUUGACAAUGUGUCCAUGGUCGCUUUGUCUCAACUUGCUUGCAAUGCAGAGUUCUUGAUGUUUGGAGGCUUUUCCAUGAGAAUGUGUGUGUCAUUGUCCUUCAAAUGUGCAUUUUGAGCAUGAAUGAAUUUGGCCUUUGAAAUAGUGCAUGAUGUGAACACAAGCAUACCCUAUUGAUAUGAUAAUGAAGCGAAAAAAGCAGACCAUGCAUGCUAAGAAAUACUGAUAAUACUCUUUUAAACAAACUGCGCACGAGCGAGCCAAGGAAAUUGUGACCCACCCAUACGCCUCCUGUGGUGUUCACGAGAAAAGGCAGUUCAUCACCAGUGCCGCUGUAUGUACCCAGUUGUGCUAGUUGUGGCAGUUUUCCAGCCAGCAAUCUUUCCCACACCAUUUUCAAACAUACUCGUACCCCUGUUGUUCCUUUGGCUCACAUGCCAGUUCACCAAAUUCAGUUGCUUACAAUCUACCCACGAUGUCCUUUGGGGCAUUUUGCACAUCAAUUCAACAGUGCACUGUUUGCUAUUGAAACGCCUGGUACAUGGUAUGUAUCAUUGUCACCAUUUUUUCCUAUUUUUGCGAUGGUGCAUGGUACUAGCCUCUUUUCGGGCAAAAAUUAACACAAUGGAUUACAAUGCAAUGCAACAUACACUGGAGAAGAAAGCAGGAAAAUGCAUGUGUAAAAUAAAGAUUUUCAAACU